AUGGCCAUCUCGCCGCAAAUCACCAACCUGGUCAUCAUCCUGGGGUUCAUGCAGAUCUCCAAGAAGAUCCCCUUCGAUGACCCCAACGUGCUGAACGGCGUGCGCGCGCUGUACAUUGUCUCCAACAUCAUCAUCGCCGCCAUCUACUUCUACGUCCAGAUGCAGAUCAACAAGAAGAAUGACAUGACCGUCGUCAAGUACGUCGAGCCCGCCCCCAUGGGAUCCGGCGAGGAGCCCAAGUUCGUCGCAACCACCGUCAAGGCCUACGAUCUCCAGCAGCUGCGCGCCCUCUUCAAGGGCCAGAUGAUGGGUGUCGGCAUGAUGGCCGUCAUGCACCUCUACAUGAAGUACAGCAACCCGCUCCUCAUCCAGUCCAUCAUCCCCCUCAAGGGUGCCUUCGAGGGCAACCUCGUCAAGGUCCACCUCUUCGGCCAGCCCGCGACCGGCGAACUGGCCAGGCCCUGGAAGGCCGCCGCCGGCUUCAUGGGCGCCAUGCAGGGUGGCGAGAUCAAGACCGACAAGAAGAGCGUCGAGGCCGCUGAGCGUGCUGGCCGUGGCGGCGUCAAGGACGAGUAA